AUGUCUUUCAAGGUCGACGUGGACGAGGCCGACGUGGCCGUUCUCAACCAGAACCUCGCCAGGUCCAAAGAAUUGUUCAAUUCCAUCUCGAUUUCCCUCAACAAAAUCGCCAACAAAUCCACCAAUGCUCUGAAGAAUAUCAAGCCUAUUCUUCGUGACGUGAACCAACUCUACGAGAACAAAAGACAAGUCGAGAACGGCAUCAAGUUGUUGAGCGACGUCAAUGAGAGUGCUGCGUUGAUCCACAAGCACGAAGACGUGCUCAACAACCCCAUCGAAAUGGUGGGGUUGAAGAAGUUCAUAGACACCUUAACCAAGAGCAGGACGUUGUUCAAGACUAUCCGUCCCAAAUUCAAGCAGUUCACAGGCAUAUUGAUCAACUUCGAGACAUUGAUCGACAAGUCGGAGAUCAAGCUCCAGGCAUACUUCCAGGGCUUGAUCAACUUGCCUGCGAGCAGGCUCUUGGAAAACAAGAGCAAAUUGGACGACAUCCAGGUGAUUUUCGCGUACUUUGCCAAAGACUCGGGCCAUGUGAACAAGAUCUACGUGCGGACCAGAAGCAUGAUCCUUCUCGAGAAAAUGAGGCCCAUGGAACAAGGCAUACAAAAGGCACCAGAGAGAAAUGCUCCUUACGAGCGUGGCACCAACGGAAUCAACCAGUUCAACAACGAGUUGAUCAAGCUGACCAAGCAGGAAUUGGAGCUCCUCGACGUGUUGCACUUGAACGGCUCAGAGCUCGGUAAUCCAGUGAUCGAACGUACGGUGAGCGAGCUCUACAACCAACUGAUCAUAGGACACUUCAAUCACAUAUUUUCCAGCGCUGCUGCCAUUAUCACCAACGACGUGUUGAUGAUGGAGGUCACGGAGAACUUGAUCCACUUCCAGCAGUUCCUCGACAAUUAUGGCCUCAAGCACAAAGAGUUCAACAACAAUGUCCAGCUCUACUUGACGAAAAACUCGGUCAUCUUCAAGGAAUACUUCCGUCUCAUCGAGAGCAAGAUGCUGGGCGUGCACAACUUCAACGACACCAACAUCCCCCAGAUCACGGUGGAUUUGAUCUCACGAGUCCGCAAGAUCAGCGAGUUCAGCAAGGCGUUGUUGAAGUUAAUUGAAAGCUACAAGUUGGGAGACUGGUUGAACAUCCAGCCCCCACCCAAGUUUGUCGUCACCUACACCUCGGUGAUCCCCAACACCUCCAAUGACGAGACUCCCCAGUACCUCUUGAGCUCGUUCUACUCCGAUAUCAUCGACAGCAUCACCAUCAACAUUGAGAACGGGUUGAAGGCCAGCGAGCCUGCGGUUAAAAAGUCUACCCAAGGGUUCUAUCUCAUCAAGAACCUCAUCAUGAUCGAAACCAUCAUCAACCGUUCGUCCACGUUGUUCGAGAGUUUGGGAAGCUUGGGGGUUGAAAGAUUGAACAAAUUGAAGAACAGGUUUCUCAAGACGUUUUUGGACGACUGGAACUACGCCUCGUACAUCAUUAUUCGUGACAUGACCACCAUAGCCACCAGCAACGCCCACGCGGGCAAUUCCUCGGGAAGUACAGGCUCGGUGGGCACUCAUUUGUCCAGCAAGGAAAAGGAGCUCAUCAAGGAAUUGUUCAAAAACUUCAACGAGUCGUUUGAGGAUGCCAUCCGCAACUACGAAAAAUACAACAUCACCGACACCAACUUGCGGACGUAUUUGGGGAACGAGAUCAGGAAGUUGAUAGUCAGUGCCUACAACAAGUUGUACGACAAGUAUGCCAACAGCGACUUCACCAAAAACAAGCCCAAGUACGUCAAGUACGACAAGCAGCUGUUUGAACGGUUGUUGAACGAGAAGUUGUAG